AUGUUUGGCAGCGCUGUGUACUGACAGGGGCAGACGAUAAGACGGUUUACGGUGUUUACGAUCUCAUUCAAUUUUCAUUCAGUUUUCAGCUGUCAACAAAGGAAAUGAAAAUCAUUGUAAAGCCUCUCACUGAAAAGGAAUUCGAAGUCGAGGUGAAUCCAGAAUGUAAUGUCGAACACUUGAAACAGUUGAUUGAAAGAAGAUGCAAUAUGCCAGGAGUUCAGCAGCAGAGACUAGUUCAUCUAGGAAAAACGCUUACAGAUGGUUCUUCACUCUCAACAUACAAACUUGCCGAGGGCUCUAAAAUUCACCUCUUUACCAAGAAAAUUGAAGAGGCUGGGACCAAGCGCAGUGGUUUGGAUAUAGCACUCUUCAAUGCAUUGAAGAGUCAUCUAACAAAGGAAGAAAUCGAUAAAGUGAUAAUUGAAUUCAACAAAGAAUUACAAACAGCAUUCACAAACUAUAGUCUGGAUGACAUUGAACGAUUGGCUGUCAAUCUGUUGAGAUAAAUUCUUCUCAUUUCCAACCUAUUUCUAUUCAAUUUAAUGGACUAAUAAUUAAUAAAUACUUUUUGUGAUGCU